AUGGUGGAGCAAGAGAGACAGAUUGGGAAACGCAGGGUAGAGGAGAAACAAGUAAUGGAGAAGGUUAUGGCAAUGGUUGAAAGGAAAAUAGAAGAAGAGAAGAAGAAGAUGGUGACAUUCGUUGCGGGGGUAAUAAAUGCAACUUCAGAUGUGAAGUCCAAGACAGAGAGGAUCCAGAUUAUUGUGAAGGCAGCAUGUCAUAGUUUAGACAUGAAGAAUAUCAGAGCAUGGACGGCGCUUCACAGUUUAAUCCUGAAGCUCCACGACGUGAACGGAGUGAAGUUCGGAGAAUACAAGCUGAAAGGCCUGCUGGCUCCCAUUUAUAUCGACCUGAGGGCGCUCGUGUCCCACCCCGCGCUCACGAACCAGGUUGUGAGUCUCAUCUACGAGCGAGUGCAAGAAGAGGGGCUGCAGUUCCACUCUGUGUGUGGGGCUCCUUACACAGCCUUGCCUUUGGCCACAGUGAUCUGCUCACGACAUGAACUGCCCAUGGUCAUCAGGCGGAAGGAGGCCAAAGACUAUGGAACCAAACGGCUGGUGGAGGGGUCUUUCCGUCAGGGGGACACGUGCCUGAUCAUUGAGGACACGGUGACCAGCGGCACCAGCAUCCUGGAGACGGCUGAAGUGCUCUGCAAAGAGGGGCUGAAGGUGACGGAUGCAGUGGUCCUAAUGGACAGAGAGCAAGGUGGUGUGGAGAUGUUGGCUUCAAAGGGAAUCAAGCUCCAUCCCAUCAUCUCCAUAUCUCAGCUGCUCCGUGUGCUGCAGGCAGCCGAACGCAUUGACGCCCAAACCGCCCAGAGUGUCCACAGGUUCAUCCAGGACAACAACAGGUACAACUUUACAGAGUUUCCCCCCAGUGGGGCUCAAGUGUUUACUUGUGUUACUUCACAAUCCAGGAAAAUCGUGCCUGGGUUUCAGCACCACUGUGACGUUGGACCCCUCCCCAAGGACGCACAACAAUGGCUGAGAUGGAUUACACCAACCUCACAGUUUUUAUCUUUAUGUGGAUUUUUGUUCCAUCCUGAUGAUCAGACGACUGUUUGAGGAUUUAACAGAUCUCUUAAGAACAACAGUUUGUGUCAGAGGCCAGAUUUAGGAGCAUCAGUACAGCUGUUCCAAUAAAAGCAGAGACUCAGUCUGACAGACAUCCAGAGUCUCAAUGAACUCGUCCAUCAACAACAUUUGAUCAAACUAACAGAUUCUAAAACUAAAGAUUUGUUUUUAUUUGUUCACAAAAUGGUUUCAGAUGAUGUUUUUCAUCCAUCUCAGUCUUUCUCAUGAACUUUGUCUCCAAACCUCUCAGCCUGAGCUUCCCUCUGAUCAACUCGUUCAUAAUCUCGUCCUUUCUGCUCUCAAUGAAAAUCUGAACAUGUUCAGCUCGGCCUCCUGUCUUUGUGUCAGAGUCUCCAAAGCAAACAUCACAGCAGCUCACUGCCAUCUUUAAAGCUUCCCUUUCACUCUUGCUGCUGUCCUUCUGUCACAAAUCAGCCCUGAUGAAGAUGCUCGGGAUCAGGUGAGGAGGAGGAGAAGACUCGCUGUGGUGACGCCUGAAGGGAGCAGCUGACACAAGAAGAGACACAAUCAAAGAUCAUCAUCUAAUAACAGAAGACAAUCUUUUAUUGUGUGUUUCUGAUUGGCUGCUGUAGAAGUAAACAGUUGUACUUUGA